GUGAGUCUGAGGUUAUCAGGCAACCAGAUCCAGUGAUGAUCGUCUCUGCUGGUGAUAGUGUCACUUUGCGUUGCUUAAUUUUGAAAGAUCUCCGUGAUCAUAUUGUUUGGUACAAGCAAAGAUCAGGACAACGACCUUAUAUUAUUGCAAUUGUGCAGAAAUUCAUGAAAGAUCCAGUGUUUUUUAAUGAAUUUAAUUCCCAGCGUUUUUCUAUUGAGAAAGAUACAGGAGUGUGUAACUUAACCAUUUCACAUGUUACCUCAUCUGAUGAAGCAAUGUAUUACUGUGGAUUAAAAUCAUUUCAAGUUGUUUUUGCUGGAGGGACAUAUUUGGCUUUAAAAGGGCCCCAAAACAACCAGCAACAGUUAAAUGUAUCCAUUGUUCAGCAUCCUGUAUCAGCGACUGUUUACCGUGGAGAAACUGUGACCCUGUUGUGCUCUGUGCUGUCUGAACUCAUAACAGCAGAGAUGAGAAUGUUCUGGUUCAGAUCGGAUUCAGAAAAAUCUGCUCCACAAAUCAUUUACACUCGUGAUCAAAGUGAUCAAUGUGAGAUUAAUUCUGCUACACAGAACUGUACACACAAUCUGUCCAAAGACAUUUUCAGUCAAACAGACACUGGCAUUUAUUAUUGUGCCCUAAUCACCUGUGGGAAAAUUAUCUUUGGUAAUGGGACACAAAUAAAUAUGGAAAAGUCUGGGGAAUCCAUUGUGAUUAUAUUGGGAGUAUUGUUGGGGGUUUGUGUGGUUGUGAUUACAGUCCAAGCCAUCUCAAACCAUAAAAAAGAAAGGGACUAUGGAGGAAAUGUUCAUGACUUUGAAAAUAAGCAUUCUUCCAGUCAGGACUGUGAUGCAGUGCUUUUGCAUUAUGCUGCCCAUUAUUUUAAGGAAGGAAGAAACAGAAGAGCGAGAGAAACAGAUCCUCAGAAAAGUGUGUACAGCCAGCUGAAUGAUCCCAGUGUGAUUGAAUAUAGAAUAAUUGAGUAAAUGCUGUAGAUUAUCACACAGGGAAUUUAACAAAGUCAUCACCUGCUUGGUAGUGAUGCACUUAAAAAACAUUUAUAGGCAUAUGUCUAGCUAUAUUUUGAAGACCAAAAUCAGAAAGAUUUAAAAGUUAAUGAGGAAUUAAUGUAUCAGAUCUUGUGCUUGGGAUCAUAACUUCUUGGAAUGAAAAUGAUUAUCUUUUUAUUUUUUAUUAAUUUUAUUAAUUUAUUUUAAUCAAUUUAUAAAUUUUUCAUUUUAUGUUAAAAAGAUUUAUGUCAGGCAAUAAAUUGUAUAAAUUGUAACCUAUUAUUUUGAUGACAUUUUCAACAGCACACAAAAAACCUACCAUGUCAAGGCACAUCCUCAAAUCACAGCUUAUACAAUGUUGAAAUGGCAAGGCAUAUUAUUGCAGCAAUAUAUAUGACAAAAAAAAGGGGCAAGCAUUUUUUGCUAGAGUGUCUUAUCGUCGACAGGUGGAUAACCUGAAAGUACGGCGAGAGGGAUUCGGAAGCAAAUUUCUCGAAUCGCUCUUGGGGGUAGCCUACUUCAGUGUUAUCCUCCUGUCGGUUCUUAGGGCGCAACAUGAAG